CUGCAAGGGGAGGGGGCUCACGUUUCGAGCCAAGAAAAGAACUCAGGAUCUCACACUGCGCCAUUGGACUGCGGCACACCUCGGUCUGCUUCUGCUGCAACAGGGAGAGGCCCUACUCCCGUGGCUCUCUCCCAGGUCUCCAUUGCCGCUGCCGCCUUAGAAGCUGCUACUACAGCACCGCGGCUUGCGGCUUGCAGUCCCGCCCCGCCCUGAGCUGCCRCAGCGGUCGCCAGUGCCACCUCCGCAGCCCGGGCCCUCACCGUCGCCAGCCAAGCAUCCGUGAGUCAUUUUCUGCCCAUUUCUGGGUGCGCGGUCUCUGUGGUAGUCACCACCUUAAGAGGUUUGCGGGAUUGCAACAUGGCAGAAGCGGAUCUUAAAAUGAUCACGGAACCUGCCGCCCAGGGGGUUGCUGAAGAAGAGAUGGCUAGCUCAGCUAGUGAUUCUGGGGACGAAUCUGACAGCAGUAGCUCUAGCAGCAGCACUAGCAGCAGCACUAGCAGCAGCAGCAGCAGCACCAGCAGCAGCACUAGCAGCAGCAGCAGCAGCGGCAGCAGCAGCAGCAGCAGCGGCAGCAGCAGCAGCAGCAGCCACAGCCGCUUGUAUGGAAAGAAGCGGGUACCUGAGCCUUCCAGAAGGGCGCCGCGGGCUCCCUCAGGGACAAAUUUCGUGGAUAGGCUGCCCCAGGCAGUUAGAAAUCGUGUGCAGGCCCUCAAGAAUAUUCAAGAUGAAUGUGACAAGGUAGACGCCCUGUUCUUAAAGGCAAUUCAUGAUCUUGAAAGAAAAUAUGCUGAACUCAAUAAGCCUCUGUAUGAUAGGCGAUUUCAAAUCAUCAAUGCAGAAUAUGAGCCUACAGAAGAAGAAUGUGAGUGGAAUUCAGAGGAUGAGGAGUUCAGCAGUGAUGAGGAGGUGCAGGAUGACACUCCUAGUGAAAUGCCUCCCUUAGAGGGUGAGGAAGAAGAAGAAAUGCCUAAAGAAAACUCUGAGGUUGAAGCCUAG